AUGAACUCGAGAGGCGUCUCGAGCGUAUGGAAUCUUUCUUUGUUUGAUGCUGGAAAGGGUCCGAGGACUUUGGUGUCUAUUAUAGGUAUGGGCGUAGGAGCUGAUUCAGGCUUGGAAAAGUUGGGCAUCUUUGUGAAAAAUAUCACACCCGGCGGAGCAGUACACAGGGAUGGUCGUGUACGAGUUUGUGAUCAGAUUGUGUCAGUCGAUGGCAAAAGCCUUGUCGGAGUUAGUCAGCUCUACGCGGCUGAAACUCUUAGGGCUACGUCAAAUCGGGUUUUAUUCACUAUUGGCCGAGAACCGAAUUUGGACGAGUCUGAAGUCGCUCAGCUGAUUCGUCAAUCACUUGAAGCGGAUCAGUCACGCUUCGUGGGAGGCGGUCCUAGCGAAGGAGACGAAAGUCAACCGGAGGAAAGCGAAUCCGUCUCGGCUAGAAGUAUGGACGAAGCAGAAAUUCGG